CAUCGCUCGCCUCUCACUCUUGUGUAAUCCCGCCGUGUCCUCUGUCCGUUAUUCCGUCCCCGGCGCUUUCGCCUCUGCCUUUAUUCUAACAUGGAGCCAGUUACUGAUGACAGCUCAAGAAUAGAAGAUAUUGAACCCCAGGCUACAGUGACUGGCACAAGCAAACCGCUCUAUCGCUUCUUCAGAGGGGAACCCGGCAGUAUCGGAAUCGUGAUGCUUUCCCUCGGCACAUCGCAGUUCUUAAUUGGGAUACCGAUGAAGAUCGAUCUCUUGGAAAACUCAUCCCAGAGUUACACCCAGUUCUGGUUGGGGAUCCUGUUUAUCGCCACUGGUAUUUUGUACAUCCUGUCUGCUAAAAGUCCAUCCAAAAAGCUGGUAACAGCAAGCAUGGCAGUGAGCAUAGUGUCCAUAAUCGCAACUGUCCUGUCUUUCUUUGAAUACCUGAUGAGCAUGUGGAAAAUGCUGCGGAUAGAUAUCUAUUACCCUGAUUACGAUAUUAUCUAUUACAAUCUGACAAAUGAGGGCGACCCCUGGAGUGCAUAUCAUGCGGAGCAAUUGGCAGCUGUGGAGGGAGUUUUGCUUUUCUACUGCUUUGUUGGAGCUGUACUUCUUAUAGUUAUAACCGCAUUUGCCAGAGCGGGUUUGCGAUCAGUUAAAACACAGUCCAGAAUGGAAUCAGUACCUUAUGCCAGGUCAGGAACAGAAGACGGAGAGCCCCGGACUACUGUUAUUGGCUUGAACAAGCCACUCCAUCGCUUCAUAAGAGGGGAUCCCAGAAGUACUGGGAUCGUCAUGCUGUUCCUUGGUGGCUCACAGUUCUUACUUGGGAUACCAAUGAAGCUAGAUGUCCUGGAGAGCGCCGCUACCUACUACACUGGAUUUUGGCUUGGAAUCAUGUUCAUCAGCAGUGGGAUUCUGUACAUCCUGUCUGACGAAAACACAUCCAAGAAGUUGGUAACCGCAAGCCUGGCAGUCAGCAUCAUUUCCAUAAUUGGAGCAUUCGUGGCCUUCGUUUUCUUUUUUGUUACUUCUCUCAGAAUCCAUAGUUUCUACAGCCCUUACCGUUUUCCCAUCAAGUCUAACAUGACAGAUGAGGAUUAUGCUUGGAAAUCAAACCAUACGGAUCAGAUUUUGUGUUUGCAGGUGCUUUUCCUUAUCUACUGCGUAGUGGGCAUGGUCAUUCUAAUUGUGAUGAGCGCAUUUUCCAGAGCUGGGUUGCGGUCCUCAAGAACUCAGGCAAUUGUUGUAAUGCAUAAUCGCCCAACACAAUAAGUCAAGACAUCAA